ACCCCUGGUUCAGGGCUUUCACCGCGAGAGGCUUCUAGGAAUUGUAGUUUUUCAUCUUUUAAUUUAAUAUUUUUUUUAUUUUUUUAUUUUUAGAACAUUAUAUAAUUUAAGCUUCAUCUCUCUUAUUUUUUUGCCCAUACGUGGCACACAUUGUACCUAGAGAAAGUGGGACAUGUUUUAUAUAUAUUUGCUAGCUAGCUGGGAAAUGAAUUGACAGAAUUAAUAUCCUCACUAUUAUUAUUAUUUUUUUGAACGAAAGCAAAGUGUGAUAUUUGUAAAAUGUGCCAGUUUCUAGAAAACACAUGUCUCCGCUUAGUGCUCCAUCAUUUUCAUAUCAAGUUGUAAUCGGAAUGCAACCGGAAGUUACAGUGUUUCGUGAUAUUUAUAUAAAAUAUGUUAACUAAAAGUUUGAUAUCUAUUUAUCUUUUUGUUUUUGUUUUUUACUGGCCGAUUUAAUGUUUUACACUCUGGUUAAACAUCUACGCCUUCCCAUCCGGUACAAAGUCUUUUGUAUCCUGUUUUUUAAGGAGAAAGUUUCGUCUUAUUAUACAAGUUGAAAACUAGUUAGGCGCGCCGCGGUCUACUCUGUGGGUCCUUCCGGGGGCGGAAGCGCCGUUCUUGUUGUUACCAUGGAAACCCCUCUACAAUGCUAUGGCCAGAGAAGCAAAAACGCUUCUCGUGUCUGUAUUUAGCCGAACAUAGAAUCUCCAGACAUGUCACCGCAGAAAGAUAUUAAAUUACCACCUUUAACGCCGUCACCACAACAAAGACUCACGUAUGAUAACAAAAGUGUUGAGAAUGACUCUAUCCAGAAGUCAGAGGAAGAGGGAGCGAGUGCUGUGUCUGUCCAGCCAACUGCCACGAGAAAGGUGAUGUUGUUCUUUGCAGGAAGCAGUUACAUCUAUGGAGGCACGGGCAGAAAGCCCCAACUGCUGAUGCACCUGGAGAGCUACGUGAACAAGGAGCUUCAUACUAUCAGCCCCCAAGAGCCAAAAUACCAGGAACUGAAACUACAGGUCUACCGUGACAUCUUUGGCUGUUUGAUCAAAGAGUUCAAAACCUACCAACCCGUUCUCUCUGCAAUCAAAAAGGAAUACGAGAACACGUUAGCUUAUCAGCAGGAUCUAAUCCGAGAACUGGAACCGCUGCGAUCCCAUCUGAGGCUUGCGAGGGAGGAAUGCGAGAGGAAGGUUCAAGCUCGGUGGGGAGAGGAGCAGGCCGAGAUCGGAGCCUUGAAAAGGGAGAAGCAGCAGCUGCAGAGGGAUGUCGAGGCCAUGAGGGAGAAAGAAAAGGCCACGCAGGAAGUGGUAGAACGUCUACAGUAUGAACUGUCCAACCAGUAUCUGCAGUACCGGGAGGAGCGUGACGCCCGCAACCUGCUCAUCGGACAGCUCAGUUACCUAACAAGCGCUUCUGUGAAGGAGCACCCUGCAGAUGAAAAUACAGGAGAGGCCAAGGACUCAGUUGAAUUGGAGCUCGCUCUGAAGGUGUGUCGGAAAGACCUGACUAAAGCCCAGGAGGAGCUCAACAGGAUGAAGGCAGAGUACUGGGAUGUUGUACCACAACGCAACUGGGACACACUGGAGCGAACACACAAACAGACACUCCUGCAGUUGAAGAUGCUGCAGGCUGACUUUAACCAGCUGAAGAGUGAGCAUGACACGCUGCUGGAGCUCCAUGAGAAGAGCGACAUGCAGGCUGAGACACUCGACUCCACCACUGUGCAGAUUGAUGUGAGUGUGUCUGAAGGGGAAAGCCACAUUCAGUCCAGCCAGUGUGAGAGCGGCACACUCACUGUCCAGGAGUCUAGGACACCCCUUAGGACAGAGUUCCCUCUGUCAGAUGAGGAAAUCAAUGAACUUGUAACCUCGGCUCAAAGUGAACCAGACGGAUGCGAUGACAUCAUCUCCUCACAGACACUCAACAGUCUGCUUGAAGAAUCUCAUAUGGCAGCCUUACCUCCAGCUCUUGCCCAAUCAGAAGAAAACGCUGAAUGAACUUGCAACUGAUAUAAAGUUGUCGUAAUUGUAUUUGUUGAUUAAGAAAUACGUGCUAAUAAUGCUAAUGUAUGCAGUAGGAUUGGCUUUCAUCACUGAAUUAAGAAUAAAACAUAAGUGCCAUUUAUGAGACCAGAACUCCAAAUAUUGCCAGGCAAAAUAAAAAAAAAAUCUAAUGUGCCUUGUAGAAUGGGUUAAUGUUAUCUUGCAACUUAUGAAAAUAUUAAAACAAAUAGAAAUAUAUGAUUGGUAGAAACAAUUGACAUUGUUUG